AUGGAAGCAAGGUUUGACAGGGACAGGAACCCAAGAUACAAUAGCGAAGAAAAUCAAUAUGAAGAUGAGCUGGAGGAUGAAAUGUUCGAUAUAAUGUUCAAGAAAAUUAAGGCUAGACAAGAUGCUGAAGAUCUGAUGGACGAAGACUACCAAGAACAUGAAUGGAUAGCUGGCAAUGAAGACUUGGACUACAAAGACGAUUGCAAGUCUGAAUUAGACGAUGAUGAAGCCAAGCAGAUGCUAGACAAACUGGCAGCUGAGUUAGUGGAACUUGGGAGACCUGACGAAGAAGAAGUUCUGUUCAACUUUGAUGAGGAAGGUGAAGAUGAUGAUAACACACAAGAAGAUGUGGCAGUUGAAUCAGGAGAGGAAGAUAGUGUUGCUCGUGCAAGAGUGAGAUUCGCGGACACAGAUGAUAAUGAGUCUGACACCAAAGGAAUUGUGAGAAGUCACAGUGACGACGGUGUAGAGAUUGGAGCGAAAAGGGUCUUUGCCCAAGACACAAUUGAUCCUAUUUCUCACAAGGAGUCAAAAUGA